AAUGUCCUCAUCUGGGCCCGAAACGUUGCAGUUACAAUGUAGCCUUUGUGCCAAUAGGGGGAAACAUUGAACACGAAAAUAUAUGACCACUGACCAGCUCCUCAAGACCGAGAGCCUUCGCACCUCAGUAGAGCAUCUUCCCCUGUCAUCAAGCAAGGCUAUCCCUGUCCGGACGUCAAGGACUUUGGGCUCAUUAGGUCUCCUUCCGAUCACGGACGUGUCCGAAACUUUGGAGAUCCUUAUUGAUCGCAGACUCGCAAACUAUACUGAAAGAAAAGCCCAUGACUGUGAACUCUGCCUCCAAUGAUGGACAAGAAAAGUGCCAACGGCUUUUCAUCAAAAGCCGGUGAGGGAGUCCCCAGGAAACAGCUGCCCUACUCAGUGGAGACCCCUUAUGGAUUCCACCUCGACCUCGACUUCCUGAAAUAUGUUGAUGACAUAGAGAAAGGCAACACCAUCAAAAGGGUCCACAUCCACCGCAGGAUCAAGGGCCCUAAAUUCAGCACUCUGCCUAGGAACUUCAGUCUACCUGGGCAUGGAGUACGGCCAGCCCCUAAAGACAAGGACACUUGGACUGCCACGUCCACCCUUGGGCCAAAGCCCAAAUCCCGGGUGACUGAGGUUCAGCAGAUAUUUGACUUCAGGCCAAGUGAUGGUGGCUCUAUGCAUGGGAGCGGCUAUGUCACCAACAAGCCCAGAGACGAGGUCAACGUUGGGACCCGAGGGCUGGAUGAAAGGCCUCUGGGCCUUCAGAGUCGCCCCAAUUUGCUAAGAGCUUCUAGCAUGCCCAUUACUGUACAACACCGAAAGGGCUCAGACUCCAGCAGCCCUGACCGGGUGGUUGUAACACCAGAGAAUGGGUCGUCUGAGAAUGUAUUCCGUGCUUCACCGGACUUUGCAGAAAGGCGAUCAUUGCCCCAGGACCGCACCGGACUGCACCAACAAAUCACAGUAGCAUUGAAGCGGGUCAGAGAGCUGGAAGAACAGGUCAAAACCAUCCCUGAACUGAAAGCCCAGAUCUGCUCUCUAAGAGAGGAGAGAGAAAGACUGGUACUGGAGCUCCAGGCUCAGGCUCGGGCUCAGGCUCGAGCUCAGGCUCAGGCACAAGAUUCCUCGAUUUCGGCCACAAACCCAAGGGCUGAUACUGAAACAAGGCUAGAAGACGACCGGUCUUCAGAAGGCUUGGCUGUCAUUGAUCAACCCAAGGCAAGUGUAGAGGCCUCAAGCAGAACUCCAGUAGAGGUGAGUGAAGGUUUAAGUAAGAGCACAGGGUCACAGAUUGACAGGAAAUCACAAUCUGGUAAUUUAGAACAGGGAGAGGCAGGAGAUGUCCAGAGGUGUAAAACACAGCCAUCAGAAAAAUCGGAACAAGUAAGCGUAGAGCCCACCCGGAAUAAAUCACUCCAAGACCACACAUCGCAGAGAUUACCCUCACCUCAACGGGCUAUAAAAGAUGCUGAGGAUGGUGUUCCAGGUGGCCAAUUACCGAAGCAAGAGGAGCUCAAGGGUCAGCCAAUCAGUAGUGAUGCCGAACUAACUAGUCUCCAGCAACUACAGCACAAGCUAACAAUGUUGGACGCUAAACUAUCCCAAGCUAGCCAAGAGUUGGAGAGAACCCAAGGCCUUCUAAAGGAACAAAUUGAAGAUAACAAGCAGAAAGACGUGAGGAUCCUACAACUGAGCGAGGGGGUGCGAGUAGAGGUGUGCACUACACAGCCACGAAGCACGGCAAGGAGAGUGAGUGUGGACAGAGCAACAGUGAUGGAGAGAGUGGGCUUUGCCAACCAGGAGACAGAGACUGAGUGUCCCGGUACUGUGGAUCAGGGAACAGACACGGACAGAAUCUGUAUUGAGGUUUGUAUACCUAGAAUCCUGGUUGGAAGUCUACAUCAACAAGCAGAGAUUGAAAUAGUUGACAACGAAGCAGAAACGUUGCCUCCAGCGAGACAGAGAGCCAAUAGCGUAGACCGGGGUACCGAAACCGAGCGGAUUGGCACUCAGGACCAAACGACAGAAACGCCUACGGCCGAUAGGGUGAAUCAAGUCACAGAGACAGUCGAAGGGCCGUCGAUCAAUCAUCCAAUGAGGCCAAGGGCCAGUAGUGUUGACCGGGGGACAUUGACGGAGAGGGUGGGCACAGUAGACCGAGUGACGGAGACGGUGGCAGCACCGAGGACAGAUCAGCAGACAGAGACAGAAACACAAAGAGACAGAAGGCAGAAUGGCAAUCCGGUGAGAAAUAUGGAGGUACAAGCAAUAGUAGUCAGAGAUGUUGUAGUCAUUGAAAGUGAAGAGAGUGGAAACGAAGGAAUAACUGCUCAAGAAAGUGUGGCCACAGACAAUUUUAUCUCAGAGAGUGUCUCAGCAGUUACAGAGAGUAUAGCAAGCGUAAUUCCAGAUGACGAGACCAAAGAUGGACAGACCUGUGACUCUACAGAAACUGAAGUCAACAAAGACACAAAACUCAGUCUCACACUACAUACUGAUUUAGAAACUAGAGAAGUGACAAGUAGCAUGGUAAAAUCUGUUAGGGAAGAUGAAGAUAAAGAUGCUUUGAAGACUUUAGAACAGAUGGAAACGGCAACAGACAAGCUCAUCAUAGGUGUUACAACCAUGGUCACUGAAUGCACCAGUGUAGUUGUCAUAGACGAUUCUUCUGUUAGUACAGUCAUUCCAUUGAGACCUCAGAGAGGCCGGACACCUACAACCGAGCAGUCUUCCCUACUUCAGCUUCAAGCUCCGCCUGUACGUCCACAGAGAGGAUCCAGUGAAAUCCUACCUCAGCAAGCUACGCCUCAACCCAUCCCCCUUCCUGCCAAAUCUCAGGUCGAGGAAAAGGCCUUGGUACCAGUUCAGACUAAAGCCUCCCCUCAGCCUGUUAUAGCAACAUCUAGUGAGAACCAAAACCUCUCAAAAACAUCUUCCGAACAGCAGUCUUCCCCUCAGAUCCAGGCUCAGCCUCCGGCCGAGGUCCAGCCCCAACCACGCAAGCCCUCUCUGGCAUCGAAUGACCGACAGCCUCAACCAAAGCUUCGAGCCCAGAAAAAGCCCCCUUCCCCGGGGUCGAGUGACACCCCAAACCCACCCCAAUCCCAGACUUCUGUGUCUCGGAGAGACUCCAAGGAGCCUCAGCCUUCGCGCCGGCGAUCCACUGAGACCUCUCAAACCCAGUCUCAGACCUACCCCGCUCGCCGGGGGUUGAGUGAGGCCCAACAAGGCCAGCCCUCAGGCCCGCGGCGGGGCUCUGGUGAGAAGGAACCAUUUCGAAGAAGCUCUGGCGAGACACCGACUGUUCGCAGAGGUUCCAGCGAGGCUGCCCAGCGCCGCGGCUCAACCGAGGCCCAGGCCUUGCGCCGUGAGACCGGCGAUGCCCAGUCCUCACGCAGAGGCUCGGGUGAGUCUCCCACCUCCCCGGCGGCCCUUGGCCAGGUAGUGACCAGGCUAACGGGGCUCCUUGGCGAGCAGUGGGCCCAGCUGGGCAGUGGCGGGUCUGGAGCUCAACCAGCUGCACCCAGCCAGCAGGAAGGGCAAAGCACGCAGAAGCUAAGCACAGGGAAAAGAGCCGUUCCUGCAAAGGGAGUGCCAGCCAAGCCUGCGGGGAAAGCAGCCUCUGCACCAGCAGUGGCGGUGGCAGUGGGGAAGCCCAUUGGGAAAGCGGGCCCAUCCAAGAUGAGCUCUAUUCAGAGUCAACUGGUCAGCUCUCUCAGCGUCCUCUCUGCCUUCUACUCCCCAGCGCAGAAAGCUGCUGCCGCCAAAAAACAGCAGGAACAAGGGCUCAAAUCCAUUAUGAAGAAGAACGGUGCAACGGCCAAACGGAGCAGUGGGGGAGCCAAGAAAAACCUGAAAUUUGUUGGGGUGAACGGAGGCUAUGAGAGCACGUCCAGUGAGGAGUCUAGUGCAGAUGAGAAGACCAUGAGGAAGAAGAAGGAGAGCGAGGAGGUUGGGGAGGAGAAAGAGGAGGAGAAACAGAGCUCUGCCGUUCCUGAUGCACAACAAGAAGACAAGUUGACUCCAACAGCGGAGCAGGAAGUUGAUGUGGCCAAGCAGGAAGGUGCCCAGGCCCAGGCCGUGGGAGAAGGAGCGAUGGCGGCCCUGGAGGUCGGGCUGCUAGACUUCCAGGAGGAGGAGCAGGUUGCAGGAGGCCAAGUGGAGCAGGGCUUCGUAGACGCUUGUAUCUAUGUGAAGGACCGCAUGGGAGAGGUCUCCUCCCCAGACAAAGAGAUGCGGCAGGUGCUGCUGGUGCUGUACCAGGAGUGGUUCCGCGUGUCGAGCCAGAGGAGCUCAGAGGCGGACAUGGUGAGGCUGUACCUGCGGCAGGUGAGCCGGACCACGCCCACCCUGCUGCCCUACGUGGUCAACCUGACGGACGGCAACGGCAACACGGCGCUGCACUACAGCGUCUCCCACUCCAACUUCCCCGUGGUCAGGCUGCUGCUGGACACAGGCCUGUGUGAGACAGACAAUGUGAACAAGGCAGGCUACACUGCUGUGAUGCUGGCAGCUCUGACGGCCACAGAUCGUCAUGACGACCUGGAGGUGGUGUUGCAGCUGCUCAGACAGGGCCAGGUGGACGCACGCUCAAGCCAGGCAGGGCAGACGGCAUUGAUGCUGGCAGUGAGCCACGGGCGUGUUGCCAUGGUGAAGCUGUUGCUGAGCUGCGGCGCGGACGUCAACAGCCAGGACCGGGACGGCUCAACCGCCCUCAUGUGUGCCUGCGAGCACGGACACGUGCACAUCGCACGCCUGCUGCUGGAGACCGGCCGCUGUGACAGCUCCCUGGUGGACAAGGACGGCCAAACGGCCAUGACGGUGGCUACCGCUGCUCCUCACCAGGAUGUGGUGGACCUCCUGAAGAGUCACGCAGAGACAGGAAUCUUCAACAGCACCUCCUCCUCCUCCUACUCUUCUAUCAGCGCCCCAGCACGUCCACUAAGCUAGGCUAACCUCCCCCCCUUCUCAACCUCCCUCUCCAUAUCUCUCCCAAUUAGAACCUAGGGGGAAAAUACCCUCUCUCUCUCGCACUCUCUCUCUCUCGCACUCUCUCUCUCUCGCACUCUCUCUCUCUCUCUCUCUCUCUCUCU